UGGUCCAGGCCGGACUCAGUCCCCAUGGUCAAUAUGCCCAUUCAUGGUACUGUGUGUUAGUGGGAUACACCACGGAACCUGUGGCAAUGCACUUUCUCUCCUUUUCUUUCCCUCUUUCUUUUGGAAAUCAGGACUAUUCAAUUCAAGUCAGGGGCCCUUCACUGAGCUUGUGAAACAUCGAUGGAUUACUGUGCAGCCCUGCAUGUUAUCCCCACUAACGCGGAAGUCUGUGUCUGUGACGCAUACAAUCAAAUGGAGACUAUGAAAUAAACAAAACACCAGGGGUCUACACAACAAAAGCAAGGGUGUGUGCGGUCCUACUGGGAGGGGUUGUGCUAUUGAACCCAUCAUCAACAUGUUGGUGGCAGCCGGAGCGUCGUCAUCGUCUGAGCGCUAGCGUGAGCGAGCGAGCGAGUGUGUGAGUGAGUGAGUCCCACCGCGCGGUCAGCUGGGAUGAACAUGCCACUGCACCAGAUCUCUGUCAUCCCCCGCGACAUCCCCCCCUCCUCCAGGGUCUCUGGCAGCGGGAAGGCAAAGGACAAGGACCGCGACAAACAGAAUGAGAAGCCCCUCGGCCAUUCUGCAAGCAGGUCCAGCAACAUCUCAAAGGCGGGGAGUCCAACGUCGGUUAAUGCCCCGAGCACUUUCUCCCGGACCUCAGUCACCCCCUCCAGCCAGGACAUCUGCAGUCCUACUAUCACCGUGGCACAUGAUCAGGCUUCCCAGAAGCCCUUGCAAACCACCGUGGUGGUGCUCAACUCGAACGGCAAGAGCGCCGGCUCGCCCCAGAGCGUGACCACCACCACCUUCUUCCCGCCCGACUCGCCCGUCAAGCCCAAGCCCCCGCGGGCCGCCUUCGGCGCCGAGUGGCUCUCCCUGCUCAGGGCCCCCGUGAACAUCCGGCGGGACGACGGCGGCAUGCUCAAGUUCUCGCGCUCGCUCAACGACAUGGGCCAGAAGAUGGACACCCUGUGCAGCGGGCUGCACUUCAUCGACCGCACCUGCUCGGACAGCGAGCUGGCCACCGACCUGGACGCCCCGGCCGAGCCCGACCGCCACAGCCACAGCCACAGCCACGGGAAAGCCUGUCCCGCCGGCGUUGGCAAACCGCCGUUACCGCCGUCCCUCUUCCCCUUCGCCUCGCCGUCCUUCUCCACCAACUACAAGUUCGUGGGCGGCCAGCUGCCCCCGGAGCAGAUUCUCUCGGCGCCCCCGGUCCCCGUGCCCCUGCUGCCGCCCCUCCAGGACCCGCAGCAGAAGGGCUCCAGCAACCUGCUGCGCUUCUUCUUCCCCUUCAGCCAGUCGCCCACGGCCGGCAGCCUGCAGCACUGCACCUCGGAGCUCAGCAGCAGCCUGGCCUCCCGCCUGCAGAUCACCAAGUCGGCCAGCGCCCUCCUGGAGGGCACCGAGUCCUUCUGCACCGAGGAGGAGGAGGAGGAGGGGGAAGGGGAGGUGGGCGAGGACGAGGUGUUUGAGGAAGAGGAGGGCGUGGAGAGGCCGCUGAACCCAGCCACCGCACAUCAGCAGCAGCAGCACUGGCAGUCGAAGCUGGAGAGGCUUCACGCCCCGCUGUGCUCGCUGGAGGGCGACAGCGACUUGGACCCCUGCCCCUCGCCCAUGUCGGAAAAAACGGUCCCGCUGUCGCCCUUCUCUCUAUCGGGUGAUUGCUGCAGGAUCUGUCACUGCGAGGGUGACGAUGAGAGUCCCCUGAUCACGCCGUGCCACUGCACGGGCAGCCUGCGCUUCGUGCACCAGACCUGCCUGCAGCAGUGGAUCAAGAGCUCGGACACGCGCUGCUGUGAACUCUGCAAGUACGAGUUCAUCAUGGAGACCAAACUCAAGCCCCUGCGCAAGUGGGAGAAGCUGCAGAUGACGGCGAGCGAGCGGAGGAAGAUCAUGUGCUCGGUCACGUUCCACGUCAUCGCCAUCACCUGUGUGGUCUGGUCGCUCUACGUGCUCAUCGACCGGACGGCCGAGGAGAUCAAACAUGGGAUACUGGAAUGGCCCUUCUGGACGAAGCUGGUGGUGGUGGCUAUAGGUUUCACUGGGGGACUGGUCUUCAUGUACGUGCAGUGCAAAGUCUACAUCCAGCUGUGGCGGAGACUAAAGGCCUACAACCGCGUCAUAUACGUGCAGAACCGGCCCGAGACGUGUAAAAAGUUGAACUUCGAGAAGCCGCCGCUCAUGGAGCCCAGCAUGGACAACAAGGAGGCCCUGGCGCCCGCACAGUCGGACACAAACUCUUCGCAGUACACGGAGACGGAGGAUUACAGCAUGGAGAUCCUCCAUGUGUGACACCUCCCACGUUGACUCCCCCAAUCUGCCCCAUCCUACCCCUUUCCCACCCCCCGUCAAACCUUAUAAUCCCUGACCCCGGACCCCCACGGAACCUGCUCCAACGGUGGCUGGCUAUGUGCGAGUCUCGGCCACAGAGAGCACAAGACUUUUACUGGAGCGGGGGAAAAAACUACGAGGACAGGAUGAAAAUCUCCCUGCUGUUUUAAUAUUAUUUACCCCUUUUUGUCGGUUGGAUUGUUUGUUUGUUUGUUUGUUUGUUUUUGUUCCUGCAAGUUGGUGGCUAAUCAUUUUAAAAAGAAGAAAAAAAUCAGUGUGUGCACCAGAUCAUGGAACAUUCCGACUACUGCCAUUGUACUGCUGUUGUACAGAACCUGGUGUUUGCCACUCCGAGUGUGUGUGUGUGUGUGUGUGUGUGUGUGUGUGUGUG